GGUAGAUAAAGUUUUAUUUCACAUGUGUCUGAUUAUUGAAAACAAUAUUACUUUAAAGUUUCAGUUUGUGUUACAAUUUUAUGAAAAAGAAUGAAUAUGUGGAUGUAACACUGACGUAGUGCAUCUGGGGCAUUCUUUUGAUUUUCAAUAAUUGAGUUAUAAUCUGAGGAAGCCAAUGUGAAAAUGGAAAAAGUCAAAGUUAACAUUCAGAUUGUGAAGAUGAGAAAAUCUGUCAGAGAAGCAAAAGUUUUAUUGGUCAGAAAACAUAUUAGACAAGUAAAACAGUUGAAGAAUAAAAGAGGCAGUAAAGAAGAACUUGAGAAAAACCAGCGAAAGAUCGGUCGUUUGUGUGAUGAAAUUAAUAUGAUAAAGCGUAAACCAAUUGAUGACAUAUCAAGACAAGCUCUUGCCAGAGAUGAAUCUUGGGAUGAAAUCUGGAAACAGAAAGAAGGUUCUCUGGAGAAAAGAGUAGAAGCUAGAUUGGCUGGUCAUCCAAAAGUCCAGAAGUGUGUACAACAUUUUCGCAGUAAAAACUCCCAGUGGGAGUCUUGGGUCCCCUCAGUUCUUCAGGUGUGGGAAUCGCAACAUGUUACGCAGCUGACAGGUGGGAACAAGUCAAAGAUAGGGAGAAGAAAAGAAGACCUGAAAGAUGAAACUCAACAAAAUCAUUUGAAGCAAGAAGAAGAAAAUGAAGAAAAAUUGUUAGCUGACAGUUCUCAACCUUCUAGUGAAUAUGUUAAAUCUCAGGUGAGGAACGUAUCAUCAGGUUCCUUAGGCUGUACAUAUAGUGACAGCGAAGAUAUUGAUGAGUCAGACAAUAAUUCAUUACCUGACUGUUCUCAACCUUCUAGUGAAGAUGUUAAAUCUCAAGUGAUGAACGUAUCAUCAGGUUCCUUAGGCUGUACGUAUAGUGACAGCGAAGAUAUUAAUGAGUCAGACAAUAAUUCAUUACCUGACUGUUCUCAACCUUCUAGUGAAGAUGUUAAAUCUCAGGUGAUGAACGUAUCAUCAGGUUCCUUAGGCUGUACGUAUAGUGACAGCGAAGAUAUUGAUGAGUCAGACAGUAAUUCAGGAACCAAGUUAAGUUUACAAAAAAAAAACAGAGAAGAAAAUAAACAACAAAAACAUCCCAAACUUAGACUACAAUACAAAGAAGGGAACAGUCAAUCUAAGCAUACAGAAAGCACUAAAAAUAAAAGUAACGUGAAUAAUGCAAAACACAAGAAGAAAACUGAUUCCACGGAUAGUGGUGAGUGCGUAGAUAAAGCCAAAACAGAAAAUGUGGAAGUGGCAGAGUGUAAUAUUGAGCAUUUAUUAAAUACUAAACGGAAGCUAAAAACUGUAAUCAGUUUAGAUGAGACAAAAAAUGAAGAUGAGAAUGUUGAACGAGAAAGUAAUCCAAAAAUCAGACGGAAACUUAUUAAAGCAAAGGACUUGAGAAAAGCUCGCUCUAAGAGCAGGAGUAAGAAGAAGAAGACAGAAAGAGUUGGACUUAAACCUUAUGAGGUUAAGAGGUCGUGUGUAAAAAUUUUACCUAAAUGUGAAGGAAGCUUAACUAUUGCACCAGUUAAUUUAGAUGAACUCCAAGAUCACGAAGAAAUAGUUUUCAAGAAAUCAAAAGAAGCAGAAGAUAUCAAUACAGAAAGAGAAAAAACACAUGAUGAUCAUGAAGGUACACACCAUGAUGCAUUUUUUCUUGGAGGAGUAGAAGAGAUGGAAGAAGUGACAUCUGAUAAUGAAACAAGGAACUAUGAACAUCCAAUGAACCAAAACUUUAAAUCUAAUUUUAUUUCUAGUCUCUCAGGAGAUAAAGAAAGAAAUAGAAUGUUUGAGAAACAAAGAGGUUUCAGGAGGGGUCGUGGUUUUGGUAGUUUGAGAGGAACCAGUCAGGCAGUACCAGCAAGGUCGACUCUCCAGCACAGAGGAAGAUUUGUAGAAAGAGAAUCAAGUAGAAGAGAUGCAAGUAAACAACAUCUAGUGAAGAGCAACCUUCCGUCAAAAGUAUUCAGUCCUUGGGAGAAAUCAAGCAUUUCUUAUGGAAAUAACAGAGAGAAAGCCACGAGCAAAGUUCCAACAAACCAAGUAUUACACCCUUCCUGGGAGGCUAAGAUGAAACUGAAGGACAAACAAAAUCAACUUGUUGCUUUUCAAGGAAAGAAAAUCAAAUUUGAUGAUGAAUGAAUGAUUGUUAGCAGUCUGUAAAGUAAAGCUCUGGACUUCUGGAUCAUUUAGACACUAAGAACUAUAGAUUGAUCCCUAACAAGAAUCAGAUAACUUUUUCUCUUGGAUUUUAAGUGUUGAUCUAUCUACGUUUUAGACCUCGACUGUAGAAAUGUAAUAAAUUCAAAAACUUUCUUACCA